GCGCCUUACCAGAUUUUGCCAAGAGAAAUGCAGAGCUCAGCUGGACCGAACAUCGUUUCAUGUCUUCAACCACUCAAGUCAUGUAGCUUAGUAAUGGUUUAAGGAGCAGUCUGAUUUAAAUCCGUAGUUUUUUCCUCUUUUUAUUGGGAGAUAAGCUCGCUUAUAGAAAAUUAGAAUGUACUUCGGCCCAGUGGUUAUCAUUGCUGGAUUCACCGGGAUACUCAGUUUUAGUUUCUUGGCUGCGGCCAUCGGCAGCGAGUACUGGUACAUCAUAGAGGUGAACAAACCGAACCUCACGGACGAGGAGGAUCUUAACUCCCAUUCUGGACUUUGGAGAAUAUACGAAGGUAAAAAUGCCAGUUGCCAUUUCAUUCACUCAUUCACUGCGGACACUUCCAACUUUACCGAGCUGGAAAGACACCUGCUGAACAUGCACAAGGUGAUCGUCAUUCUGCUGCCCCUCAGCCUGGUGCUGCUGGUGUUCGGGGGCAUCUGCGGCCUCGUCAGCUCUCUGGCCCGAAGCCACGCCCUCCUCUUGGGCUCCGCCUCCUACUUCCUCCUUUGCAGUGUCCUCACCCUAUCAGGAGUCAGCAUCUACAUCAGCUACUCCCAGCAGGCCCUGCAGGAGAUCGAGCGGCAGGUGGGGGCGGAGCGGCUGUCCCAAGUGCAGGUGUCCUUCGGCUGGUCGCUGGGCGUGGCCUGGCUGUCCUACGCCCUAGAGGUGGCCACAGGUCUGCUGCUGCUGCUGGCUGCCCGCAUGGCCCAUCUACAGCAGCAUAAGUACACAGCAGCCAACUCCAUGGCCUAGGGACUUCCUCCUCACCACAGGAAAUGAGGUCACAGUGCUGCUGGACACUAACAGAAACCACCCCCCUGCUCUUUCCUCCUCCACACGCUCCCUCCUCUCUUCCUUUCUCUCUCACC